GCAGUGUUGCGAACCAAAACGUGAAGCGAACGUCGUCCUUCUAUGGCAGGUCUACAGCGCCAGUUCUUCCGGGAGUUCCCAUGCCACCGGAUCGGUCAACACACGAUGACCAUAUCAGGAAGUUGAACAAGUACCUGUGCAAGGUGGAGAGAGAUCC